AUGUAUCGCUACCAAUGCGCGCUCAAGAUGGAAGAACUACGCAUUGCAGACCUCAGUCCUACCCUGCCAGAGUUCGAGUCCAAGCAUUUCAGAGCCUCCGUCAUUCUCAUAUGGCCCUACUCCUCAUCACAACGCCAGUUUUCCCUCCUCCUUGCCGAUCCAGACUUUCGAUUGCGCCGAAGAAACGGUCAGGUUCGUGUCCGCUUCACUGGCUCAAGCGCAAAAGCAAUUGCGACAACCGGCGCGGGCAUUGGUGAUGAACUUUUACUCAGUCUUCGUGGCGCACAGUUCGUAAAGCAAGGUGCGAUCCAGACACCGGGAAGGAGCAUUGAUUGGGAGCUCGAAUAUGAACAGACUGUAGUAGUGCAGGUCUUCCGCAAUGGCAGCCAGCUUGCAAACCUCGAGCUCAAUGAUGUUGCCCCAACGCCUGUAUCGAGGUCGCCUUCCCAUCGUGUGUCGUUAGGAGGGCCAAGCCCCAGCCAGCAGUGGUCCUCACCUGCCGUACUCAAGCGCAUACGCCUUUCAGAUGGCCUUUCUUUCGAGGCGCCCUAUGAUCCUUUGACGGAGGAUGUUGAGCACGGUCAUGUCAAGAAGAGGCGGAGAAAGUCGUAUCGGGACUGGAAGACUUGGACAUAUAGCGCCAGAACCCCCUCACCAGAGAAGGAUGAUGAAAUAGAAGAGGAUCUGGAGGAUGAUAUGGAGCACUCACCUAUACACAUGCGACAGUUGCCAGAUACGCCUGUGUCUCCAGCAAAACCCGAGUCACCCUCCGUCGUGACAGCUGAGCAACAACCGCAAGAAGUCCGGCAACAAGGGUCUUCAUCUCCCGAAUCAAAAGCAGACGACGGCGCAAAGCAGCGUUCCCGAAAUAACGUCGAAUACCAUGAGCUAUACGCUGGACCAAACGACUUCCCGCUAGAGGAGUCUCAAUACGCAUUUGGAGGCGAUACUGAGAUUGACACGGAAGAGAAUACCGAAAUAGAAGAUGCUGGAAACGAGGAGCCGGAGUUUGUUAGUAUGAGUACAACGGUGGCCAAUACCGAGGAUGAGCAUGUGGACGACCAACUUUAUCGUAGCGAGAACGAUUUUCCUGAGUCUCGCGACGCCGAUCUAUCCAAUGUGACGGCUGGAAAGACUACAAACACCACCGACAUACCUGACCAGAUUGCAGGAGGACAAGAACCGUUGGAUGGGCUUCUGACCGCUCAAAAUGCCGCAAAUGCAAGCAAUCCCCCGAUCACAACAGAAAAAACAACGGCAACGGACCGCACAAUGAAGAUCACCAUGCUCCCGCCGACCUUCCCAACCUUGCAGAUAGAUACUGCUGCUCCAGUCAUUUCAGACCUCCUCACACCGGUGGGUAGAGAACCCUCGAGCCCAAAAUUAAAGCCGCUGGACUCUUCUACACUGCCCCUUCCAUCGCCAUUUCCCGGCAACAUUGACACAGACAUGGCCUCGCAAGAAGAUUAUUUUGCCUCGAAUCAAGGCGCUACAAUACCCGAAAUCGUCCAAGAUCAGAAGUCGGAGCUACCGAGCGACGCAGACUACAUCAUGGAAACAUCCUUUUUCAGUUCGAUAGGGUCAUCAAAAGACGCAUCUUUUCAUCCUAAUCACGAGUCAGCAUUUACACCGCUAAGGUUCACAUUUGGAAUUGAUGGUGGAGGGUGUUCUCGACUGUUGGACCUAUCUUCGCCUGCACCAGAAGGUACUGGAGUUCAAGAAACCCUCCAGCUCGAGCACGACGAUUCUUUGCGUGUAAAGGAGGAAGCUUCCCUAGCAGCGGAUAAGAAUGUGCCUUCAUCACCUGGGAUGGAUGAGGCUAGAGAUGAAUCCAAGCAUGCUGGCGUGGAUGAAAAUGCUGCAUCGGAGCCCUCAAAUGUUACGGAACUGGCGCAUCUCGAUAUCAUUGAAUUGUCUUCUGAUGCCGAGACAGAAUCGGAAACCAGCGGCAGCGAAGAAGAACUGGAAGUCGCCGCAGCUGAAGACGAUUCGGAAAACAGUGAAGCAGAAAGUGAGAGAUAUGAUGAUGAAUAUAGCGUUUCAGUCACUCAGGAUACUGGAGCUGUAUCCGCAAUAAUCGAUCUUGGAUCUCCUGCAGCCGAUGAUGUCCAGGAUUCAGAGCUAGGCACCAGUCCGUCGCAUGUUGAGGGGCACACACAACAAAAUUUGGCCUUUGAAAGUCUCCAGGACAUUGAAUCUCAGAGUCAAGAUAAUCUUCUGCCAGAGGAAACUGAGAAUUACAGUGAGUUUGUAGAUCUGGAUUUUGCGCCUGAAGCUCCAGGUCCCGCCGCAGAGACACAGCAACGAAUGCCUACUCACACACCUGCCCAACAGGCACUAGAAAGCAACUUUGACACAGCGAAUGUUCAGGCCCUGUCACAGUCGGAUUCACAGUCGGAUGACCAGCGAACGAUUUUGGAUGGGCCGGAUAGAGGCAUGCAGCAUACAUUAUAUGAUCUUCAGUCGCAUACGCAAGAUGAAGGUCUACAUUAUCCGGAAGUCAAAAUGGAGUCAAUAGAAGAAGAAUCAAUGUUCGGGCUUUUGCACUCAAGCGAGGAGGGCAGGAUACAAACACCAGACGGGCUUUCUGAAGAGCUUGUCAUUGCGGUACCGGAGGAGGGUGGAAAGUAUGGUGAAAUGCAUAACAUUGCCGUACCAGCCACAGGACCUGCCAGGAAUACAAGAUCCAAAUUAAGCAUCACUGCUUCGCCCACUCAAGAGAGAGCACAGGCUCCAAGGAGGACCACACGGUCGACUCAAUCUAAUGCAUCCGUAACACGUGAAACCAUAUCGCCUGUUGAGAAGAAAUCUCGCGGGACAUUCUCGUCGUCACAGGAGCGUUCCCAUACUUCGCCGUACAGUAUCCAGUCACAGUCCAGAUUACUCUCGCCUGUCAAGACCGCAUCUAAUAUUGCCCCAGCCACCGCUCACCACAAUCAGCGCAAGCCAAGUUCGCAAAAUGAAGAAGAUGCAGGGGCUGAACCAAAGCAUUCGCGCUUUGAUGAUCACCUCCUUGAUCUGAGGAUUUUUGAUUCCUCGUACGACCCGAAUGCCUCUCAAGGCAGAUUUUCCAACGUGACCUACGUAAAAGACUCGGAAGAGGAUAGCAUCCGGUCUGAACAUUCAAUUUCCACUGACACUCAAUUCGGUAUGCAUAGUGACCCGAUUCAAUCUUCUGGUCCGACUAGGCAUGUGGACAGUCUGAAGCCGCCACCGGCGAGCGCUCCGGAAAUCAAAAUGAGAAUCAAAAGCAGGAAAACUCCGAUUCAUGCUGUAGCACGAGUGUUGAGAAGCAGUAGUCCAGCUCAACCAACUGGUCCUUUCACUGGACAGUCGAUGGCAAGUAGUCUCAGCAGACGACACAGCUCAGCAGGCUCAGAGAUUUCCCUUUCCGAAGGCGAGACCAAUAUGCAGGCUCUUUCACCUGAUCCCAGUGAAGAUGGCGAGGAACCCAGAGACCAAACAACGCCCAGGCCUAUGCCAAAUCAAGCUAGCACCUCGCCUGGUGAAGGUGAAAGCACGCUGGACGACGGAUUUCCUAGGCUGCAGCAGCAACAGGACACAAACGAAGUCAUCAGUAGUUCGCCACCUCCAAUUGUCAACACAUCGUUUCUGACCCUACAUCAUCACCUAGCCAUGGAAGAGAAUACGCUCAUCCCACCAGAUGAUACACAGCAGUACACCGCGAACUCUCAGCCCAGCUUCACAAACACCCAGCGCGACGACGACUCGCUCAUCGCCCCAGAUCUCACACAAGCCACCUCUUUCGGCCUCCCAUCUUUUCAAUUCAAAGCCGCCGACGAUCCCGACGCCACCACUGUCUCUUCCCACAAACCCACAGUCGACCCAUCAUCCGAUCCCUCCAUCGACUCCACUCCCGCAGCGCCGUCAAUCGGACUCUCUACACCCUUGGCAUAUUACACCCCACUCUCCUCCCUCCCCUUCUUCCUAAACCGCUCCUCACAAUACCACUCCUCUGAGAACCCCGACAUCCUCGCCCUCGUCGCUUCUGCCUCCACACCACCCGCCCGUGCAAAAAAAGGCCCAAAGCAUUAUUUCACAACCCUGCACAUCACCGAUCUAUCCACCUUCCCGCGCCAAACUAGCGUCAACGUCUUUCGACCCUUUGAGUCUGCACUGCCCGUCACACACGCAGGAGAUGUUAUUCUACUCCGCGCCUUCACUGUCAAGAGUGUCAGAGGUCGGCCGAGCCUGACGAGUGCGGAGGACAGCGCGUGGUGUGUUUGGAGAUGGGGGAAGCCUUGUUGGGGCGCUAAGAGGGGCGUUUUCGGUGAGAUUAGGGCAAGGGAGGAGGUCAAGGGCCCGCAGGUUGAGAGAGGCAUGGGGGAGUGGGGCGAGGUGGAGAGGAUUAGGGAGUGGUAUGAGAGGGAGAUUCGGGAGGAGUUGGAGCGCAUAGAGGGAGAGAGGAAGGAGCGAGUUGAGAAGGGGGAGAGGGGCGACGAGCUGGAAGGAGAGGAAAGUAGUCAGAGGGUGACGAGAAGUAUGGAUAGGAUGGGGAGUGUGUGA